GGAUCAGAGACCGUCUCUGCCCCCACAGUAGAGCCCCCAGCUGUACGCACACGCACUCCCUCAUCUUUCUCUGUCCACCAAAGCUUCAUCUUGGGCACGUCAUCGCUUCAGCACGACCGGACUCUGUGUUUGUCACCUGCUGGUCACCGUGAGUCUCUUGCUCUUCUGUGCACAUUUCGACACCGAUCGCCAUCUCCGUGCUAGCCAGGUCCACCGCUCAGACGUCCGCCACGCACUCCACCCACGCACUCUCCCAGACUAGAGAAGGAAAGGAGACCAGAAAACAAGUCCACAGAGCCCAGCAACCCAGCCUCAACACAUCAUGGUGGUGAUACGCUUCCUCCUCUCGCUCGUGCUGCUCCUGCAGCUGCACAGCGCCGACGCUUACAAGUUCCUCAGGUCGAACUCGCUCUUGACGUGCAUGGAAAGCUCCCAGUUCACCUCGACCUUCUUCGACGUGUACUACUACCCCCACAACUCCACAGCCGUCUUCUACAUCGAUGGCUCGUCGUCCAUCUCGGGCAAAAUCAAGGCGGAAUUCUCGUUGGUCGUGUACGGCCUCAACGUGUACCAGGACUCGAUCGACCUCUGCACCCUCGGGUACAAAACCAUCUGCCCCAUCAGCUCGGGCCACAUCGACGUCCAGGGCACCUACGCGGUCGAAACAGACCUCACCAGCAAGAUCCCCAGCGUCGCCUACACCAUCCCAGAUAUCGACGCUUACGUGAAGGUCUUGGUCUACUCCACAGACGACAACAACAACACCAGUCCCUUGGCCUGCCUCAAAGCUGUCGUCACGAACGGCAAAACAGUCCAGACAAGAUACGCCGGCUGGCCCAUCGCCUGUGUCUCCGGCUUUGGCUUGGUAGUCUCCUCCGUCGUGUCCAUCCUGGGCCACUCCGCGACAGCCUCCCACAUCGCCUCGAAUGCCGUCUCCUUGUUCAUCUAUUUUCAAAACUUGGCCAUUAUGGCCAUGAUGGGGGUGGCUAGGGUCCCUCCCAUCGCAGCCUCCUGGGCUCAGAACUUCAUGUGGUCCUUGGGCAUCAUCAAUGCCGACUUCAUGCAGGACAUCAUCUACUGGUACGUCCAGUCAACAGGCGGUGACGUCACUGCCGUCUUGACCAACAAGGACAUCAUCUCCAUCUCGAUCCAGAAGGCGAAGAGUUUGCUUUUCAAAAGAGAGAUCUCCGCUGCCCCGGCCUCCGAUGACUAUAUCAACGACUCCAGUAUGUACUACACAGAUGAGUACAACCUCUCGUCAAAAACUUUGGUUUUAAGAGGUAUCCAAAGAGUAGCAUAUUUGUCAGACAUAGAAAUCUCAAAUAUCUUCAUGACCGGUGUGAUCUUCUUCCUUUUCGUCGGAUUUGUGUUGGUUUUCUUGAUCUCAGUUUUCAGAGGCUUCUGCGAAAUUCUCAUUAGAUCAGGUGCAAUCAAAGAACACAGAUUUGCCUACUUUAGAACAAACUGGAGCUUGGUCAUCAAAGGUUCUGUCUACAGGUACGUUGAUAUUACCUUUUCAACCAUCGUCCUAUUAUGCAUUUGGGAGUUCACUCAGAACAACUCAAGGGGUUGUUUAGCGUUCGCCAUUAUCAUAUUUGCGGUCUUCAUGAUCCUCAUGGGCGUAGGAACAAUUAGGAUCAUCAUGGAAGGAUUAAAAUCGGUCAGCCAAUUCAAAAACCCAGCUUAUUUGCUAUACGGUAAUGAGAAAUUUUAUUUCAAAUACGGUUUCCUAUACUCCCAAUAUUUGGCAAAGAGAUACUAUUGGGUCGGUAUUCAUCUUUUCUACUUGUUCAUCCGUGCCCUAUUAAUUGCUGUCCUACAAGAGAAGGGGAAAGUUUGUGCAUGUCUUAUUUUCGCAAUUGAAAUCAUCCAUACUGUUGUUAUCAUCUAUUUCCGUCCGUACAUGGACAAACGUACCAACGUUUUCAACAUCUUGAUUGCUGUAAUCAACUUGAUCAACUCAGUUUUCUUUCUGUUCUAUUCCAAUGUGUUUCGUCAACCUGAGGUCGUAUCCUCUGUUGCGGCUGUGGUUUACUUUGUUCUCAAUGCAAUUUUUGCCUUGGUGUUGUUAAUCUUCACCAUCGUCACUUGUACUAUUUCAUUGAUCCACAAAAACCCUGACGUUCAAUAUGAACAAGUCAAGGAUGAUCGUGCUGCCUUCAUGCCUAAUGAAAACAUGGCUUCCCAGAACGAAGAAAUGGAACUUGCAGCGCUUGGUGCUACUGCCAUGCAAGGUCAAGACAGAAAUUCAUACAUUUUUGGCUCGAAUAACGAAAAGCCAAGAUUGAGCCCCUACGGAAUCGAUAACACCGACAGCAAAGCACAUCUUGAACCUUAUGAUCCAGACUAUAGCAAUGACAGUGGAUUAGAGGAAACGAAACCAAAUAAAUUGAAUCCAUUUGCAAACACCGAAGACACCAUUUCGGUCUCAUCGAAUCACGGAAGUUCUUCGUACGAUGUUGAGAACCCUUUCAACAAUAAAGCCAGGUAUCAUCUAUGAUAAGUGUGACUUCUGCUUCACAAUCUUCUUUCUUAUCGUCAAUUUUCAAUCAAAUUCUUUACUACAACCAUAUAUUUCUCUUUAUCACUUCUCUAUUUAUACGCCUAUUUUGGAUACUAUUCUAUUCACGAUAUCUUGUUGAUAAGUUAUUAAGUUUUCCACGCAUCUGAUCUGUUUUUAAUUUAGUAUCUCCUGUUUUAUGUACAAUUUUUUUCCGCCAUUCUUUUCUCAAUACGUACACUACUCUUUUUUGUUCAAUAAAAAACACAGCAUCAUGCAUUAUGCGCUUUUCAUUUUUUUUUUGACUUUCAGUGGCGCGUGGUAAUACGAUAGGUUUCAAAAAUAUCAGAA